AUGAGUGACUUAGGGUUUGAUCCAAGCUUGAAAAAGAAAAAGAAGUCAAAGAAGCCCAUUGAAGGUGGGGAGGGCGCCAGCCCCUCGCCCGCGGCAUCCGACUUGGACGAUAUGUUCGCUGGAUUGAAGAAGAAGAAAAAGUCCAAGAAGACCGAGGAGAAUGGCGACUCUGCCGCCUCUCCCUCAGUAGACAGUGUGACAGCGUCGUUCGACGACUUGGGAUUGAAAAAGAAAAAGAAGAAGUCUAUCAAGGCCUCAACCGCCAGCGAUUUCGAGCAGGCGUUGGAGAAAGCAGGCCUUGACGAUGUCAGUGGCACUGCUGCUUCCCAGGACGACAAACAGCUACCAGUACAGACUACGUUGGGCUUACCAUACGAUUUCCUUUUGUCUAGAUUCUUCACCAUCUUGAAAGAGAAAAACCCAGAGUUGGCUGGCGACAGAAGCGGGCCAAAGUUCAGAAUCCCUCCGCCAGUGUGUCAAAGAGAAGGUUCAAAGAAGACCUUAUUUGCCAACGUUCAGGAGAUUGCUACCGUUUUACAAAGAAACCCAGAGCACCUCAUCCAGUUUUUGUUUGCCGAGUUGGGUACCUCUGGUUCCAUCGAUGGUGAGAAGAGACUAGUGUUAAAGGGUAAGUUCCAGCCCAAGCAAAUGGAGUCUGUCUUGAGAAGAUACAUCAUCGAGUACGUGACAUGCAAGACUUGUAAGUCGAUGAACACUGAAUUGAAGAGAGAGUCUGCCAACAGAUUGCAUUUCUUGAGCUGCAAAGCGUGUGGCUCCACUAGAUCCGUGUCGAGUAUCAAGACUGGUUUCCAGGCCCAGAUCGGCAGAAGAAAGAGAAUGUAA